AGGGCCAGCAGAAGGCCGCCCCUCCCCAUCGCCCCCUCUGCGGGCCCACCCCCUGCCUAUUGCACCUCAUUUCUUUCCUGCUGUCAUCAUUUGACAGCUGAAUCAGAGACGGGGGCGUGAGAGGGGUGUGGGGAAUGUCACCAGGUAAGAGAUGAGCCGGCCGGGAGCACGCACCCGCCGGGCCCCUGGCCACCAGGAGGCCUGCGGGCGAGGCAGAGGCCAGGCAGAGAGGUCUUGGAUUUGGGGGCCGCCCCCAGACCCCAGGCUCCAGAUGCCCCAGCAGCGAAGGAGACCCGGGAGUUCCCUGGUGUGAGAGCCAGAGACCAUCUACUCUCUGUAAGUCUCUGAGCAGAUGGCAGGGUUCUGGGAGGAGGCCUGGAAGGGGCUGGGGCCAGGGGAAGGCCCUCAGCGCCUCUGACCAGCUGUCUCCACUACGUGCUUCCAGGGUGGCUAGCCUAGUGCAGACUAGAGGCAGCUCGGGGCCUGGGGAGCACCUUCCGGCCUGGCCUCACAUUCCCCAUCGUGGAGCAAGGAUGCCUGCCUCCCCUUUCCCCCACCCCAUCCCAAGUCUGCGCCCACUUCUGCCUGGGCCUGGCCGGGAAUUCCCAAGGCUUGGAGGAGCUCAGGCCUCCAGGGUGAGGGGCUGAGGGGCAGAGAAGCAGAAAUCAGUUUCUGGACAAGGUCAGCGGGAGCAGGAGCACCUGGGCCUCUACGCGGGCCAGCCCAGAGCUGGGUCGGCUGAGCUCUGCCCAGCAAGCAGGCUGGACGUGGCGAGGACCCCAGGGAGAAGGGCUGCAGGAGGAACAGGGCUCAGGAGCUCAGGAACUCAGGGAUCGGGUCGAGGUGGUCAGAGACAGCCUGGCGCCUCGUCCAUUCCCAGGGAGCUGGGCCUCGGGCCACGGCAGCGAUGCUGGGACACUGCCUGCCGGCCCCCAGCAGGGCAGAGGCAGGAGGCACCGACCCCUGGUGGUGGCAGCACGCAGCUGGGUGUGCGUGGGUGGCAGUGAGGAGGGGCGGAGGGAGGAAGCUGGCUUCCUGAAGUCUUCUCAGCCCUCAAAGACAGACCGACAGACAGACAGACAGCUGGAAAGAGGCACACGGGGGACACAGCUGCUUCAGAGGGGGCGGGCAGGGUUCCGCAGGGAGACCAGGGGCAGAGGAGCCCCGCCGGCCGCCCACCGCGGAGAGUCUUUCUGCCUCCCGCACCUGCACACCCGCUCCUGCCCUCACCUCAGUCCCUGGGCUCAGCAACUCCAACACCCCCACCCCACCUCGGAAGCUGGGACCCUGGCUCUGGAAGAUGGGGACUGUCCCCAGAGGAGGGGCCCCGCCACGUCCGCGCCCCAAGUUGUGCCCCCAGCUGUUGCCUCCCCACGCGCUGUCGCUCAAGGGCUUGACUGCCACGGCCCGGGGUCCCCUUGCAGAGAUCCUGGCCUCCCCACAGUGAGAAAGCCACCACUUGCUGGGGAACAGAAGACACCCCAGUGCAAACAGAGGCGCCGCAGGGCAGGAGGCUGGCCUGGGCCUGGCAGCUUCCCUCUGGCCUGUCAGGCAGCCCGGAGGUCCAAGCUCAUGGCUGAGUGAGCUUCCCCAGCAUGGUCCAGGCCCGCAGGGGACGUCCCAGAGCACAGCUGCCAGUCACCUUCGCCUUGGGGGCAGCCAUGACCCAGCCUCCGCCCGACCAGGCACCACCCAAGAAGCACGUGCGGCUGCAGGAGAGGCGGGGCUCCAACGUCUCUCUGACACUGGACGUGCGGUCCCUGGGGGCCGUGGAGCCAGUCUGCUGCGUGAGCACGCCCCGCGAGGUCACCCUGCACUUCCUGCGCACAGCCGGGCACCCCCUCACCCGCUGGACCCUGCAGCACCAGCCGCCCAGCCCCAAGCAGCUGGAAGAGGAGUUCCUGAAGAUCCCCUCAAACUUCGUCAGCCCUGAAGAGCUGAAUGUUCCUGGCCACGCCUCCAAGGACCGAUACAAGACCAUCUUGCCAAACCCCCAGAGCCGCGUCUGUCUGGGCCGGGCACAGAGCCAGGAGGACGGGGACUACAUCAACGCCAACUACAUCCGGGGCUACGGUGGGAAGGACAGGGCCUACAUUGCGACCCAGGGCCCCAUGCCCAACACCGUGUCGGACUUCUGGGAGAUGGUGUGGCAGGAGGAGGUGGAGCUCGUCAUCAUGCUCACUCGGCUCCGAGAGGGCAAGGAGAAAUGUGUCCACUACUGGCCCACAGAAGAGGAAACCUACGGGCCCUUCCACAUUUGCACCCAAGACGUGAGAGAGUGCUCAGAAUACACGGUGCGGCAGCUCACUGUCCAGUACCAGGAGGAGUGCCGGUCCGUGAAACACAUCCUCUUCUCGGCCUGGCCUGACCACCAGACCCCAGAAUCAGCUGGGCCCCUGCUGCGACUGGUGGCCGAGGUGGAGGACAGCCCAGAGACAGCGGCCAGCACUGGGCCCAUCGUGGUCCACUGCAGUGCAGGGAUCGGCCGCACCGGCUGCUUCAUCGCCACCCGAAUUGGCUGCCAGCAGCUGAAGGCCCGAGGGGAGGUGGACAUUCUGGGCAUCGUGUGCCAACUGCGGCUGGACAGGGGGGGCAUGAUCCAGACGGCGGAGCAGUACCAGUUCCUGCACCACACCUUGGCCUUGUACGCUGCCCAGCUGCCGGAGGAGCCCAGCCCCUGACCCCUGGUGCCCUCCCCGGCCCAGGGGGCUGCCCCCUCCCGCCAGGCCUGGAAAGAUGGGUCUGAGGAAAGCAGGCCUCGUGACCUGGGGGACCCCUGGGGUGGGCAUGGGAAUGGGUGCUCCUUAGAUGGGUGCCGCUUCCUCCAAGGGCCCCAAGUGGACCCUCGGGGGACCCCCAUGUCUCUCUGAGCCUAAAGCCAGGGGCUGACACUUACACCAGAGCUGGAAAGAGGCCCAGGUGCCCUGGUCUCUGAAAUGCCACAUAAGCGCCAGCCUCUCCCUCCGAAAUGGAUGUUAAAUGCUUUGCUGCCAUCAGGAGAAAGCAGUCCGAGGGGCCCCCAGAAGCCGUUCCAGCUCCACUCCCUCCCCAGGGCCAGCAAGAAAGGGACCCCAAGAUCAUCCUCCACCCAUGCCCUGCCCAGCAACAGGCCAAGCGCCCAAGCUGGGGAAAGCCUGGUCCUCCUUGGUCAAGUCCUCAGCCUCCUCUCAGUGACUCUCUGCUUCCUCAGCCCACAUCUGUGAGGCUGAACACCCCACAAAGAGAACAAGGACCCAUACUCCCCCAGGUCCACACAUGUGUCCGGGGAGCAGGCUACAGAGGUGAACCAGCCAGACAGUUGAAAUCUCUGGAAGAUGGAAAGUGUGGGGACCCCUUGGAGGCCUAGAUGGCGGCCUGCACCUCCGUAACUGCCAGCCACCAGCCGCCAGCUCCUCCCUAGGGAGACCCUCUGCCUGCCUUCUGACCUCAGUGGGGGCUGCAAGUACCCAGGAAGCACACAGGAAACGGGAUGAGGGAGCUGGGAGCUCGGCCUGAUUACAGACAACCAGCCUGCCACACCCUCCGCCCUGCAGAGCACGCAAGGGACAGCGUGGCUAUUUCAGGAACAACCCGGCUUAAAGCACCCUAUGCAGACCCGGGGGCUUGGGCUGAACCAGGACCCCUCACGUCUACCCAACAGGGCAAACUCUCUUCCGAGUCUCACAUCAACACAACGUCCAGGGUUAGACCCAUCUCAGGGCUGAACUCUGCUCCCCAGGGAGGCCUCCAAAUCCUUGGUCCUCGAACCCAAAACAGGCUGCUACGGGGGGAGGAAAGCAGCCUCCGGCUCUCCAGGCGCUGGGCCCUGGCACUGCCUUCGCGAUGCCGGUCCUCCAUGGAACCCCCGGGAGCUGGAUCCCGGACAGCAGCUGGGCCUCUCGCGCGGAUGUCUCUUCCGAAGACCGUGCAGCGUUGGAGCUGAGGCUGACGUUCUUGGCGCUUCUGCUUGGCCUCCUCACUCCCCACCAGGGAGUGGGCUAACCCACACAGGAACCUCCCCAGCCCUGUGAGAGGCACCCUGGGGCCCGUGGAGCUGGGCGCAGAGCCCUCAGGUGCCCAAGCCUGUCCUGAGCUCAGACCCUGCGGGACGAAAAGCACCACACGGGCCCACAGCACCCCCACCCUGGGUCCUGCUGCCCCGUUCCACUCCAGAGCUCAGGGAGCAGACCCGGAAAGACCCCAGGUGGGAAAAUAAAGGCUUGUCAGACGGC